UGGGAGUAUAGGACUGGGGAAUGUCAGAAGAGAAGGAAUGUAUAAAAGUUCGCAGAGGGCUCUCUGCCGGCGGCCGGCGCAGCCCGACUCAGCUGCUGGGCCCCUGAGGCAGCUCUUGGCUGCAUUGGCGACAUGGCUGACACCCCCAGAGACGCUGGGCUGAAGCAGGCGCCCGCGCCCGGGAACGAGAAGGCCCCCGCGGACUUCAGCUACGUGGGGAUUGACUUCCUGGAGCAGAUGUGCAGGAAGGCCAUGAAGCAGGGCUUCGAGUUCAACAUCAUGGUGGUCGGGCAGAGUGGCUUGGGGAAGUCCACCUUGAUCAACACCCUCUUCAAGUCCAAAAUUAGCCGGAAGUCGGUGCAGCCCACCUCGGAGGAACGCAUCCCCAAGAUCACUGAGAUCAAGUCCAUCACGCAUGAUAUUGAAGAGAAGGGCGUCCGCAUGAAGCUGACGGUCAUUGACACACCAGGGUUCGGGGACCACAUCAACAAUGAGAACUGCUGGCAGCCGAUCAUGAAGUUCAUCAACUACCAGUACGAGAAAUACCUGCAGGAGGAGGUCAACAUCAACCGGAAGAAGCACAUCCCGGACACGCGCGUCCACUGCUGCCUGUACUUUAUCCCCGCCACCGGCCACUCCCUCAGGCCCCUGGACAUCGAGUUUAUGAAGCGCCUCAGCAAAGUAGCGAACAUUGUUCCUGUCAUCGCCAAGGCCGACACGCUGACCCUGGAGGAGAGGGUCUACCUCAAACAGCGGAUCACCGCGGACCUGCUGUCCAACGGCAUUGACGUGUCCCCCCAGAAGGAGUAUGACAAGGACUCGGAGGACCGGCUGGUGAAUGAGAAGUUCCGAGAGAUGAUCCCGUUCGCCGUGGUGGGCAGUGACCAUGAGUACCAAGUGAAUGGGAAGAGGAUCCUUGGACGGAAAACCAAAUGGGGCACCAUCGAAGUUGAGACCACCACCCACUGUGAGUUUGCCCACCUUCGGGACCUCCUUAUCAGGACGCACAUGCAGAACAUCAAGGACAUCACCAGCAGCAUCCACUUCGAAGUGUACCGGGUGAAGCGUCUGCACGAAGGCAGCCAUGCCAUGUCCAACGGCGUCGAGGAGAAGGGGCCCGAAGCCCAGGAGAUGUAGACCCACCCUGCCCCCGGGACCCUGCCCCCGAGUCCUUUCCAGCACCACCCCCAGGCCCGCCCACAUGCCCCAUUUUAUUUUAUAUAAUUUUCUCCACUUGUCAUCGUUCUCUGCCCCUUUACACGCCGCCAAGUAACAAGAUCACGUGUGCCCUCCUGAAAAAAAAAAAAA